AUGGUGUCCCUGGAGGAUAUCACCCAGUUGCUCGCAACCGCCCCACCAUCAGCGGUUCUUCUACAAACGCUUAUGGAGCUCGAAGGAGACGUCAGUUUAACGUUUGGAGAUACUCAUAUGGCCAGCGACACGGGAUUCCUAAGCACAUACUAUUCCUCCUACCUAUUCGCCCUCCUCCUCGAAGAUGAAAUUAACGAAGCACAUAUGCUGACGCGUAGGAUACCAGAGAGUCUCGUGAAAGUGGACGCUACAAUACAAAGCGCCAUGUCCCUCCUUCGAGCAGUAUGGAACAAGAGCUACGAGAACAUAUACCGCAUCAUCAGAACGACACAAUGGCCACAAAGCAUUAAGUAUCUAGUUCAACAAUACCAACUUUUCUUCCAAAAUAAAACCUUCCAAGAUAUCAGUCUUGCCUACGGAUCAAUCCGGCCGUCGACCGCUGCUCUCUAUCUAGGUCUUGAUUCCAUAGGGGAAGAUACAAUGAGUGAUAGCGCGGAUAGCACAGGUCCAGAGCUGGUUGAGCUGCUCAUGGGGAAAGGCUGGGAAUGGGAUGCGGAAUCGAAGUUAUUCUCUCCGAAGGUUACGACUCAGGUGCCGAAGGUAACUGGUUCGGGAGGAGCGGCAAUCGGGCAUCUGGCGGCACAACUAAGAAGUCAUGGCGAUUGA